AUGAAAUCCGAUGAGGUGACAAUUAUUGCUGCAAGAAAUGAUGAUCUCAUCUGCAAGUAUGGUAGCAUCAUUGCAGAGAGACAUGGGCAAGACAACCUUCAACUGGUGUCACAAGGGAUUCGACAGCUUUCAAGGCUGCUGAUACAGCUCAGAACCAACAACUCCAUGGGGAUUCACCUCAAAGACUUUCUAAAGCCAGAGUAUUUUGACCACAUUGUGGCUUCAGUUAAGACUCUUUGCAACUUUGAGGAAUCAUCAGCAAAGUCAGUCGGAAUACCAUCCCUUGCACUGAAGUUAGGCCAUGCCAUAAAUAAGUGCAUCACCAUCCAAAGAGGUAAGGCUUUGAGAGAAAAAGACCAGGUGCUGCUACCAGACAUGGACAAUCUCGAAAAGCUUAGGGAUCUUAAUGGAAUGAUAGCAUUUGGAAUGAUACCACUUGUACAGAGACCUUAA